CCAUGAGAAGACUCAAGAUUUUCUAGAAGCCCAGUGCCACAGUUUAGGUGGGAAGCGUAUGUAACUCAGGAAGAAGACUUUUGGGCCCAUAUCUUGACCUCUCUUCAUUCUAGGGUUCCCAGUAUAGUCAUGGAUCAACCCUUGUUGGCUGAAAUGGCUCAAAAGGAGGCAGACACCAAUAAUUUGGAUGUGUUAUCUCACCCUUGCUCACCAACCCCACAUCACAGAUCAAGCCAUAGUGGAGUCCACCACCAUCAUGAGUCUCAUCACCACAGUGGGUCCCCCCAUCACAGCGAGUCUCACCACCAUGGUGGGUCCCCCCAUCAUGGCGAGUCCCACCACCUUGGUGGGUCCCACCAUCACCGCGAGUCCAAUCACCUUGGUGAGUCCCACCAUCUUAAUGAGUCCCACCAUCACAGCAUGUCCCAUCAUCAUGGCACAUCCCAUCAUUCUGGCAGGUCCCACCAUCAUGGCACAUCCCAUCAUCCUGGUGGGUCCCACCAUCAUGGCAUAUCUCAUCAUCAUGGUGGGUCUCACCACGUUGGUGAAUUCCAAGAUUUUCAUGACAAUGCCUCCUCCCACCAUUCCUUCUGCUCUCACCGCUCCCACCACCAUGGUGGGGCCCACCAUUAUGGUGGAACCCACCACUUCACAUCCCUUGCCCUGACUCCUCAUGGCACUGAUCUCUCCCAUCAUUCCAAUGGUGAGGGCCACUUUGAUGGUGAGUACCACCAUGCUAGCAGAGGACAUCAUGAUAGGCCCCACCACCAUGGUGGGCCCCAACACCACAGUGAGCCCUACCAUGACAGUGGGGCUUACCACCACCGUGGGGCUUACCACCACAGUGAGCCCUACCACCAGAGUGGGUCUUACCAAUAUGAUGAGUCCUAUCACCAUGGUGGACCCCACCACCAUAGGAGAUCCCACCACCAUGGUGGGUUUUACCACCAUGGUGAGGUUUCCCGCCACAGCAGGAUCCAUUCCCAAGGUGAGCCUUACCACCAUAAAGAUUCCUAUACAUAUGGUGGCUCUCACCAUGACAGUGAGGCCUAUUACCAUGGUAGGCACCGACAUCAUGAAGCCCGCCACCAUAGAGGGCCUCUUUAUCAUGGAGAGACCUUAUCCCACCCUUCUUAUGAGGGAUCCUACCAUGAUCACAUACCUCACUACUAUGAUGAGUACCACCAGAGCCACCGCAGUGAGCACCAUGGCCACCAUGGCAAGCACCACCAUGGCCACCACGGCGAGCACCACCAUGGUCACCACGUAGCCCUCCAGCCUAGCAAGCUCCAGAUACAGCACUCAGCCUUCAGCCUGACUCGUUCCCGCAGUGCAGUGCACUCACAUGGAUCCCAAGUGUCCAACAAAGUCCACCCUCAGGAUUCCUCCUCUAAAACUUCCUCAGAAAGCUGGACAGAAGAAGAUGAACAAUUUCAGAAGCGCAAAACUGGCAGAGCUCAGCGGUCCCACAAGAAGCUGCACACCGUGGACCUCUUCUACAGGUUGUGGGAAAAAUUAAGCUACCUCAUUCAGGGCCUCCGGAGAAUGCUUAGGAACCUGACUGAGUCCCUAGCCUUUGAAGCCUUCAUCUUCCUCACUGUCUGCCUCAACACUAUUAUGCUUGUGGCCCAGACCUUCGCUGAAGUAGAAGUCCGGGGUGAGUGGUACUUCAUGGCCUUCGACUCUAUUUUCCUCUGCAUCUACGUGGUAGAAGCUGUACUCAAGAUCAUUGCUCUGGGCCUCAAGUAUUUUUCUGACUCCUGGAACAAUCUGGACUUCUUCAUCAUGAUCAUGGCUAUGCUGGAUUUCCUGCUCUUACAGUUCAACUCCUUCACUUUCGUCUACCACCAAAGUGUCUUCCGGAUCUUCAAGGUGUUCAAGAGCUUGCGGGCCCUGAGGGCCAUCCGGGUCCUGCGGAGGCUCAGCAUCUUGACCAGCCUCCAGGAAGUGACUGGGACCCUGGCACGGUCCUUGCCGUCCAUCACCGCCAUCCUCAUCCUCAUGUUUACCUGCCUCUUCCUCUUUUCUGUGGUGCUCCGGGCUUUGUUCCGUCUAUCUGACCCGAAGCGCUUCCAGAGCAUCUUCACCACCAUCUUCACCCUUUUCACCUUGCUCACCCUGGAUGACUGGUCCAGCAUCUACCUGGACAGCCGGGCCCAGGGUGCCUGGCACAUCAUCCCCAUUCUCAUGAUUUACAUCAUCAUCCAAUACUUCAUCUUCCUCAACCUGGUGAUUGCUGUCCUGGUGGAUAACUUCCAGAUGGCUCUGCUCAAAGGCCUUGAGAAAGUAAAGCAGGAGAGGGCUGCCCGGAUCCACGAGAAGCUGCUGGAUGACUCACUGACAGAACUCAGCAAAUCAGAACCUGAAGAGGUAGUGAGUGAACACACCAAACAGAAGCAGCUCAUUGAGAAAAAAUUGGGGACCAUGACUGAGAAGCAGCAGGAGCUCCUAUUCCACUUCCUGCAGCUGGUGGAGGGGGUAGAGCAUCAUCAACAGAAAUUCCGCUCGCAGGGAUCUGUUAUUGAUGAGAUUGUGGACACUGCAUUUGAGGCUGGAGAAGAAGACUUCAGGAAGUGACCCCUGGAUGGAGACAGUCCUGGGAUGCAGAUUUCAGCCUCUGGCAAGCUGCCUACGGGGUGGUGGGGGUGAGGUAGGGGGGUGAAGGUCAGGACAAAGUCCCCUGAUCUGCUGGAAUGAUCUCUGGCCUGCAGGGCUGGGCCCUAACAGAA